UUAUUAGCUCAGCACCCUCUGCUUCUCGAAGACUCCAAACCCAUCUAUGUCGCACGAUUACUACGUCACAGUACCGCGCAGACCGGAAGCAAUAGAGCUUUCCAGAAAAUACUUCUGAGCUGAAGCAACGAGUAGAGUGCGGCGGGUUCUCUGGCAAGCUUAGCUCACAUUUUCAACAGGACCAAAGUUGACAUUGUUCUUUACACGUCAUUCCAUUUCGUGUGCCGUUGUUGCGUGGACUUCCCACGGAAAGAGAAGGAGGAGAGAGAGCUAGAAGAUGACGUCCAGGACUAUUGAUUACAGUGUGUGGGACCACAUCGAAGUAUCGGAUGACGAGGAUGAGACUCACCCCAAUAUCGACACGCCGAGCCUCUUCCGAUGGAGGCAUCAGGCGCGUGUGGAAAAACAGGUGGCCUUCGAGGAGAAAGGAGAGGAGCUGGAGAGGAACAUGGCGGAGUGUAAGAGACGUCUGGAAGAGGUGCAGUACAGAGUGAAGGAGUUAGAGGAGGAAGGAAAGAAGGAGGGAGAGGAGGAGAGGAAGACGGCGCUAAGCAAGGCCCAGGCCGAGGAGAAGAAAUACAGAAAGGAUCAACGCUUGUGGGAGAAGAAGAUGGAGGAACAUCGGAGAGAGGAGAAAAAGAUGCCUUGGAACGUUGACACGCUCAGCAAAGAGGGAUUCAGCAAGAGUAUGUUGAACAUCAAACCGGACGUGACAGAAGAGACGGAGGAACAGAAGGAGGAGAAACACCAGACUUUUGUAGAUAAACACAAGAAAGAGAUCAAACACUUUGGGAUGCUUCGGCGUUGGGAGGACAGUCAGAAGUACCUGUCUGACCACCCUUACCUGGUGUGUGAAGAGACGGCUAACUUCCUGGUUAUCAUGUGUAUCGACCUGGAGGUGGAGGAGAAACAUGGUUUGAUGGAUCAGGUAGCCCAUCAGACCAUAGUGAUGCAGUUCAUCUUAGAGUUGGCUAAGAGCCUGAAGAUCGACCCUCGAGGAUGUUUCAGAGAGUUCUUCCAAAGAUCAAGGUGUACUGCAGACCAGCCCUAUCAGGAGGCCUUUACUGAUGAGCUGGAGUCCUUUAAAGAGAGAGUUCGAGGCAGAGCUAAGAUCAGGAUACAAAAGGCUAUGGAGGAGGAGGAGGAGGAGGAGAGACAGAACAGACUGGGGCCAGGUGGACUGGACCCUGUGGAAGUCUACGAUACUCUGCCAGAGGAAAUGAAGAAGUGUUUUGAUGAUAAAGACAUCUCAAUGCUGCAGGAAGCUAUCAGCAAGAUGGACCCCAUGGAGGCAAAGGGCCACAUGAAGAGGUGUAUUGACUCAGGACUCUGGGUUCCCAACGCCAAUACCGACAACGAAGAGGACAAAGAAGAAGAUGAGGAAGAGGACAAAGAAGAUGAGGAAGAACCAGAGAAGGAGGGAGAGGCGGAAGAGGAGAAAUGACUCAUGAAUUGAACCCUUCCUUUAGACUUUUGACCUUUUCAGACCUAGCUACACCCUUUACUAGCGUUAGCUUGUCUUAUUGAAAACAUGCUGUGAAGAUGCUAACUUCCCUAGCGUUAAUUGGGCUAGUAUCGCUAGCAUUAGCCUGACCCAUUGAAAACCUGCACCGGGCCAGUAUUUACAAAGAGUCAGCUCUAGGAUCAGAUUCCCCUCUCUAAUCCUGACGUUGACCAUUUGUGGAAAAUGCUAAACUUCACCCUGCUCCAGUUUCUACCCAUAGUCCCUUUUCUCCAUGACCCCAUCUUUAUAUUACUCCCCCACCCCACCUCACUUCUACCCAUAGUCCCUUUCUCCAUGACCCCAUCUUUAUAUUACUCCCCCCCCCCCCCCACUUCACUUCU